GUUCCCUAUCACAUCCCACCUGCCGACGGACGGGGUGAAAGGGAAGCGGGCAGCUUUCGUUUACACAUCUUUCAUCUUCUACCGCUCAAAUCUCCCCAUCCUCCACGGCUUGUGCGCGUGGCGGAUGCUGACGCGAGCGCCUAGCCAGUUUCUUUUCAUUCAGUUACCAGCACUCGCGCACUCCCGCUGGUUCCGUCGCGACCAUGCGUGGCUCUGAUAGUUCUCCUGGUAUGCUCUCUCUCAAAGAAAUCUCCUUCGAUUUGAAUUCCAGCGCUACGGGGAAAGCUAUUUUUUGUAUAUGUUGCGUUGCUUUGUUUGAAAAGUAAUCGCUCGUCAAGUAGCCAUAUUUAGUUUAUAUGCCAUUUUGGGAAUCGCAAUCUUAGACUGCAGUUGACAUCUCCAAACAUCUUAAUCUGCCAGUGACCAAUUCCAAUUUUCUGUUAUAUUUACUACAAUUAACAAGGAAAACAAAGGUUUAAUAGUGGCUUAACUCCAGUAAUAUUUAGCUCUCUAACACGAUAUUACCCCAAGACUUUAUUGUAAGGAAGAUAAUUUUAUCUUAUUGUCUUAUAUUUUGUCUUUUUUUUAAAAACUUUUUUUCUUACCUCUUCGGCUUCCAAAUUAUCUGGAUUUAGCAUAUACACGUUACUUCCUUUUGUAUUAUUUGAAGAACUGUUGUAACAGGAAAACGACGUUGACGAGAUUCUGCGCACCAACGAUGCUGUUUUGAGUAGUGAGUUGUGAGCAUCGCAGAGGUGACUCGCAGUAAAUUCCACCACGGCAGACCGCGCUAGAGGAGCUAGAGGAGCCAAAGGCGAGUGUCGACCAGAAUCCUGAAACCGGUAAAGUAAUAUCACAGCCCAAACUAGAGUGACCAGCGUUACCAAGAUGAAUAUCUGAUAACAAGAAUAAUAACCUACUCCAUUCUAACUCAAGGUGUCUAAAAAGCAGAGGAGUCUGUAUCAAGGGCAACUGCCACAUAUUUAAGCGCAGAGUUCUGGUCUUGGUGGAUUCCCACGUCGAUACAGCUGCACCAUGUUUCACGUCCAUCUUAAAUUUCACUCCUUUGCCCUCUGCUUGUGUAGCCUCCUCGUCCUCCUGGCUCUCACCCAGCUCUCUCAGGCUAGCGCAGACGUGCCCCACAGCAGCCCUGGCAACUGUUCGGGCGAAUACAGCUGCUCCGAAGGUGUGGUGCUGCCCAUAUGGAAUCCACAGAACCCUUCAGUGGGCGACAAAGUGGCCCGUGCCAUCGUCUAUUUCGUUGCCCUCAUCUACAUGUUCCUGGGCAUGUCCAUCAUCGCGGAUCGCUUCAUGUCAUCCAUCGAGGUCAUCACUUCACAGGAGAAGGAGAUCACCAUCAAGAAAGCCAAUGGAGAAACCACCACGGCCACGGUGCGCAUCUGGAAUGAGACAGUCUCCAAUCUGACCCUCAUGGCCCUGGGUUCUUCGGCGCCAGAGAUUCUGCUGUCUGUGAUCGAGGUGUGCGGGCACAAGUUCGAGGCUGGUCACCUCGGCCCCAGCACCAUCGUAGGCAGCGCUGCCUUCAACAUGUUCAUCAUCAUCGCUAUCUGCGUCUACGUGGUGCCCGAUGGCGAGGUGCGAAAGAUCAAACAUCUGAGGGUCUUCUUUGUGACAGCGGCGUGGAGCGUGUUCGCCUACAUCUGGCUCUACCUGAUCCUCUCCGUUUUUUCCCCCGGUGUUGUGGAGGUCUGGGAGGCUGUGUUAACUUUCCUGUUCUUUCCUGUCUGCGUGCUCCAGGCCUGGAUCGCAGACCGCCGCCUGCUCUUCUACAAGUAUGUUCACAAGCGCUACCGUGCGGACAAAAACCGCGGCAUCAUCAUCGAAACGGAAGGCGACGGAAUGUUCACCAAGAUGGACAUGGAGAUGGAUGGGCAGGGCACCAACUCCCACCACAAGGAGGUGCUGGACGGGAUGCUCGCAGGUGUGGAGGAGGGAGGAGGAGGAGGAGGAGGAGAAGAGGAAGAGGCACGGAGGGAGAUGGCCCGCACUCUGAAGGAGCUGAAGCAGAGGCACCCGGAGAAGGACAUGGAGCAGCUGAUCGAGAUGGCAAACUACCAGGUUCUGGUGCAGCAGCAGAAGAGCAGGGCGUUCUACCGCAUCCAGGCCACGCGCAUGAUGAUCGGGGCGGGGAACAUCCUGAAGAAGCACGCCGCUGACCAAGCCAGGAAAGUGGUGAGCUGUCAUGAGGCCAACACCCAAGAAGAGGACCCUCACACCAUCUACCUGGAGUUCGAGCCUUCGCACUACCAGUGCUUUGAGAACUGCGGUUCGCUCAAGCUGGCCGUGACCAGGCAUGGCGGAGACAGCGGCUGCACAGUGAAGGUGGACUACCGCACUGAGGAUGGCACGGCUAACGCCGGCUCUGACUACGAGUUUGCUGAGGGCACGCUGGUCUUCAAGCCGGGUGAGACCAUAAAGGAGCUGACAGUCGGCGUGAUCGACGACGACAUCUUUGAGGAAGACGAACACUUCUAUGUGCACCUGAGCAACCCGCGCAUCGUCCACCGAGCCGAGGUGUCCAUCCUCGACCCCAGCACCGUUGCCCCUGGCAACAGCCUUUUAGGCUCAGCCCAGCCCAAAGCCGCACUGGGUAACGCCCACUCCGCCACAGUGACCAUUUAUGAUGACGACCAUGCGGGCAUCUUCACGUUCGAGAGCGCGUCGACGCGCGUGAGCGAAAGUGUGGGCAUAAUGCAGGUGAAGGUGCACCGGACGUCUGGAGCACGCGGGAAGGUGGCAGUGCCGUUCCACACCACGGAGGGCACUGCCAAGGCUGGAGAGGACUAUGAAGAGGUGGCCGGCAAACUGGAAUUCCUCAACGAUGAGACCAUGAAAAUCUUAGAGGUGAAGAUUAUUGAUGAUGAGGAGUAUGAGAAGAACAAGACCUUCACCAUCCUGCUGGGGGAGCCUGUGCUGCUGGAGAUUGGACAGAAGCAUGGUGAUUCCAACGAUAACAAGCCAGCAGUAGGGAUUGAGGAGGAAGAGGUGGCCAAGAUGGGCUGUCCCAGUCUGGGCGAGCACACCAAGCUGGAGGUGGUGAUUGAAGAGUCCUACGAAUUCAAGAACACGGUGGACAAGCUGAUAAAGAAGACUAACCUUGCAUUGGUGGUGGGCAGCAGCAGCUGGAGAGAGCAGUUUGUCAGUGCUGUUACUGUCAGUGCAGGUGAUGAUGAUGAGGAAGAGAGUGGUGAAGAGCGCCUGCCCUCCUGCUUUGAUUACAUCAUGCACUUCCUGACAGUCUUUUGGAAAGUUCUGUUCGCUUUUGUGCCACCCACGGAGUACUGGAAUGGUUGGGCUUGCUUUUUUGUAUCCAUUUCGCUCAUUGGGGUCCUCACCGCUGUCACAGGAGACCUAGCCUCCCAUUUCGGCUGCACCAUCGGCCUGAAGGACUCAGUCACGGCUGUGGUGUUUGUGGCCCUCGGCACCUCAGUGCCUGACACCUUUGCCAGCAAGGUGGCCGCCAUCCAGGACCAAUACGCCGACGCCUCCAUCGGUAACGUGACUGGAAGCAACGCGGUGAAUGUGUUUCUGGGCAUCGGCGUGGCAUGGACCAUCGCUGCCGUCUACUGGCACAGCAAGGGUCAACAGUUCCGUGUGCCACCCGGCUCGCUGGCCUUCUCCGUCACGCUCUUCACCAUCCUGGCACUGCUGUGCGUGGCCACGCUUCUCUACCGCCGCCGGCCCUCCAUCUCCGGAGGAGAGCUUGGGGGUCCGCGGACUGCCAAGCUGCUCACUGCCCUGCUGUACCUCACGUUAUGGCUCAUCUACAUCCUGCUGGCCUCACUGGAAGCCUACUGCCAAGUGCCUGGCUUCUAAGAGCGAGAGUGAAAGGGAGAGCUAGAUAAAAAGAGAUCUCUUUCCUGUGCAAUUAUUCUCUCUCCCUCUGCUGUUGUGACAUACUGUAUCUGUAAAAUGUCCAAAAUGAGUGUUUACAUUACUGCAGAUUAUUAGUGUUGCUGGAAUGGGACCAGUUCCUUCUCACCAACACUGGGGUGGAUCUCUAGCUUGGUGCUGUGGGGAGGGGAGGGAGACUUUGCUGUUCUGAUGGAACUCUUUCAGAAGCUUGAGGAAAUGCAGAGACUGUAGUCACUACACGGGGUUACUCACUAUACUCAUUACACGCUUUACUGGGCUCUACCAGCUCCUGCAGGUUCACGCUUGACCACAUGAAAGAGACGCACUCCAGAAAGCUGUCCAUGACAAAAAAAAAGAGGCAUUUUUAUCCUUUCCAUCAAAUUAUCUUUUUUCUCCCGGGCAUUUUCUCACUCCUCCUGGUGAUAUGUCUGCUCUUUGCAGCACCCGCUCUCUGUCAGUAGACUCUUGGGGACCUGCUCCACAAUGUUCCCGGGCCCUGAGGCCAGGCCGUCGCAGGCCAAGCAUCCUGCUCUCCCGCUCCAUGGAGCCCUGCAGCCGCUCAACAUCCUCCCCUCUGAAUCUGGACAAACCAGGCUCCACAAGGACACCACUGGUCCUCAAUGCAGCCUCCUUUUCUAUAGUUUUCUCCUCGUUUCUACUCUCUUCCAUUGUUAAGUACUUGUCUUGUGCAGUUUUUGAACAAAAGUUCUGUGACAAGAAUUCUUAUUAUUACUGAACUGUUAAGACAGAGGAAUGUGGUUUUCUUGACAGCUUGUUUUAAAAAAGAGUUGCCACAAAAAAGAGAUGCACAACUUGCAUGGUACAAGAGUUGGAGUCUGAAGAUCAAAAGAAAUGAUGAAAAGGUAAAAAUUAUAUCAAAGGUGUUGGUGUACAUUUAUACGGUUAUUAUAUUAUUUAUUAUCUUUACUAUAUAUUGUGUGUUCAGGAAUAUUGUGCACUGUGUGUCUAUGAGGAUAUCCUGGAAGGACAACGUGGCCCUUAAGGAAAAAAAGUGUUGAUUUAUAAUGUGUCAGUGUUGGGCGGGACAUUCAGUCAAGUCAUUGUUCAAAAUCUUGUAAGUAGAACUGUCCUAAUGUGAACUAGUAUGUUUACUACUGCCACACACAUAGAGACAUAGACAUACACACACACACACACACACACACACACACACACACACACACACACACACACACAUAUACAAAAUCACACAUGCACUCACAUACAAGUUUGUGGUCUUGACUUCCUUCCAAAGUCCUAUGAGCUUCCAAGGAAACUUCCUUGAGUUCCAUAAACACAUAGACACUGGGGCAAUGUAUAUAUUGACCAGUGAACUAGGAAGACCCUCUACUAUGCUGGAGUUAGUGUAUGCACUAGUGGAGGUACUGUAUGUGUUUACCGCUUCCAUAGCAAUAGCAAGUGACUUUGAUGGGAUUGCAACACACUUAUGGAUAUAAUCUUUUUUUCUACUGCUGAAUUAGACUGGACGUUUUAUGUCUGAAAUGUGGAUCCCUUACUGUCACUAUGUUAAUCCAGCCCUGUUCACCAUUAUUGACUCUUCAAGAUAACAUAAUCAUUGCUUCAUUUGAGUUUAUGUGCAUGCUUAAUGCACUUUGGAUUAAAUUUCAAAUCAAUUUAUUUUUGUACCCUCUAAUCAGUUACUUCCAUCUGUUCCUUAACUAAUGAGGCCUGAUCCUAUUCCAGUCACCCAGGAGUUAAUCUGGUUGUUAGAUUAGUUUGUCUUCCCUCCUUCUCCCUUCCUCUUUAUCUUUGUGACUAAUGAAGUCCAAUUGAAAACUUUUCAGAUAUGAUACAUUCAGAUCCGUUUACAGGAUGUACACAGUGUCAUUUUUUCCCAGUACCUAUCACUUUGAGAAACGUAUAGAACAUUUAUUGUUCAGCAGAGUAGAAGGUGAUCGCUGUCAGUAGUCCUGCUUGGAUGGUGCCUGAAAAUGUUUUUAAGGCACUUAAAAGGCUAUUCUAAGUUUGUUCUUGUUUUGAGUAGGUGGAUCUCCCCUUAGUGACUCUCCCCUUGAGCUGGAUUUGGGGAGUUUGUGAAAGUUAGGGACCGUUCUUCAUACCAUUCUGCUAACGGCUUGUCUCAGGGACUCACGGUGAUUGAGAGAGGCAGAAGCUGGUAGAGGUGUUCAGGCAUUCACAGCCUGGAGGGGCUCAUUUGGCCAUUUUUAGUGUCUUCAUAAUCGGUAGAAGCCACGAUGGUUACUGUUUCUGGAAAAGGAAGCUUUGGUGUGCAUUUUUAUUGUCAUGUGAGUUUAGUUUUGCAUGAUACCAGGAAGACUGACUUUUUACAUGAUAGCAGGCAAAAAAAAGAACAGGGAAAAAAGUGCAGAGUGAGUAUUUUUAGUGCUUCUUGUUGCUAGGCGACAUCUCGAAGACUCAUUGUCUUUCUGUCACAGUGUAGUCUGGUGUCAGUGUAUGAUGGUGGCUGUGUAGCAGACAUAGCAGGACCACCGAGCACCAAUCCCCUUUUAAGGUUAUACCCACCCUUCUCCCGUCACAUAGCACAGAGGGUUAAUGACUUUAAGCCCCUAGAUCAAAUAAUAGCCCUUAAUGAAAGCUAUAUAGAUUCCAUUGAGAUCUAAAUGUGCUGCAGGGUGUGGGAAUGCAGACAGUUGGACUGCAGUAGUGUUGCUCCCACAUGUGUCAUUUAAGUGUGCUGACUUGGCUUCGUAGGAUUCCCUGUUUAUACCAAUGUUCAUUAGGACAUACAUGGCCAAGCAAAUCCUACCUUAGUAUUCCUACUGUGAGGCACGUGGUGAACACCUCUGGGACUGAGGUACUGAUUGAUUUUGGUGAAGAAACCCCAGCUCAGUUCAAAACUAACUGGAGCAGGAUUUAGCGAGGCCUGGCUUUAUUUAUUUGUUUACUGUUAGUGGUAUGGCAGCAGCAGAGGGUAGAGUGGAAGUCAUCUCCGUUAUGCCUCCUGAGCAAACAAUAGGCUUCAGCCUGAGCUGAUGAUGCACAUGGUAAUCUUUAGAAUUUCAUUGUAUGCCUUGUCCUCCAAGGGUGAAGAUGAGUUUCAUGUAAGUGGACAUAAUAGGACUGAUGUGGAUAAGCUGUCAUUAUGAACUCAUGUGUCAGCCAAGAUGGGGCACAUGCCACAUUUUUAUGCGAGGUUCCUCUGGUCCCCUAUGCUCUUAGCAUCUUAAAUAUGGCAACGGAACACAAGCACAUCUCCUGAAAGAACAAUCCAGUUUUUCUAAUCUUUUGUCCUGUUUCAAAUGCUGCAGCUGUUGGCCCAAAGCCAGGUUUUAUCAUAAUGCCAUAGAUCAUCACCACUUUCACAUGAUCAAGCACAAAGAAAUGGAAUACAAUGGGUUCUGGCCAUCCGUACAUGCCAAUAUAAACACACUAUUUCCCCAUUGCGCGCACACACACUCACACGUUCUCUCUCUCUCUCUCUCUCUCUCUCUCUUUCUCUCUCUCGCAUACACACACAAUUCCUUUGAGUAUAUGAGAGAUAGGUAUUGUUCUUUUCUUGCAUGCUUGUUUCACUUCUGUGCGUCACUUUGCGUAAAUAUGCUGUCUCUCAGUGUGUCUCACAUGUGGUUGUAUGUAUCUCAGUGUGUCUCACAUACUUGCUCAUGCGUAUCUCAGUCUGACACACGUGUGUUCGAGAUCCUGCAGACUUCAAGCAUGUCCUUUCUAUGUGCGCAUUUGUGUUUGUCUUUUUAAGCUUUUUUUUAUUACGACACUGAAAUAUUUGCAAGAAUGACAAUGAAAUAUUUACAAAAGUGACAAUUUGUGUUUGGUUUUGUAUGUAUUAACAUUUGAUAAAUUACUGCUUUAAAAUGUUUUUUUCUCUAAAUGCCAAGUGUUCUUAAUUUUAGUAUAUGAUAUUCUUGUCUUGAAAUCUGUACUGUACAGAGGAUAAAUUUCUAUAUAAGCUAAAGAAAUUAUAAUAAUGUGCUAUAGGCAGCGCACUACUAUUACUAUCACAAAAGCAUUCAUGUUAUAGCAUUCAUGUUUAAUUAGCAUUAAUUAUUAAGUAUGUAUGUGUGUGAGCAAGCAAGGAUGUAUUUAUGUCAACACACUAAAAAUGUUCUGUGAAGGUAGAAGGGGUAGGGAAAUGGGGAGUCUGUUUCAAUUGCUAAUCAUUGGUUCAUUAUUUUAUUUAUUGAAGCCUACAUUAAAGUUGGAAUUGUAUAUUA